AUGCGCCGGCGGGCCGGUAGAUACCUCAGCUGCUUCUACUGCGGCAAGAGGUCAACAACUCGCUUCGAUGGCAUCACUACCGAGUUCGACUGCCCCAACUGCGAUGCGACCAACUACUUAGACGAGAAUGGAGAGAUCACGGAUCCCCCCGUCGCAAUGGUGCAAGAAUCACACCCCGGCGUACAGCACACGACGGCACGACAAUCAUCGCCGCGCACGGAGAACAUCUUCUGCUCCACAUGCCUGAAGAACCAGCACUUGUUCACGGCGUCGUUGGCCCAGUAUCUACCCGAAGACUCGGACGACCCCGACAACGAGGAGCUCGAGCGCGACUACUACAAGUUUCGACGGGGCUUGGAAAAGCGAUACCCCCAGGUCUGCGAGCAAUGCGAGGUCAGGGUCAACUCGGCAAUCGACAAGGCCGGAUACACGGCCAAGACGGACCAUCUGCGGAAGAUGAUGGAUUUGAGCCGACAGUCGCGGCUGCGAACAAAUCGAACCUCCAAGCUAGACUGGGUACACUACGUCGGCCGGUUGAUAUGGUGGGGAGGGUUCCUCUUACAGAUGAGCUGGCACCUCAAGGGCCUCAUGGAGAUCAUCAUUAGUCAAAAGGACAGCGAGAGCGGCAUGUCGGACCCGGAGGACGAAGGGGGAUGGCAAUCUCUGACGGGGCGAGCCCUCAACAUGCUGCCACCAGAUCAGGCUUUGUUACGGUUUAGUCUUUGGGCGGGGCUCUUUGUUGCAUGGUGGAAUCCACAGCUCGUUAAGGUGGUCCGUGGAUUCACCAGGCAUUUGCUAGGGUUGAGACAAUGGUACUGUUUCCAGCUGCUCAUUGUUGCAUUUCGUCUGGGCGUGAUCAACCUGGUGGGUUUGGACGGGCAGCCGAAAAACGCCCAGCUCAGUGCGCAUCUGAUCAUGGCUGCUGCCAUGUCACUGCUUUACACCCUGGCGCUCCGUGCCAUCAAGGUAGACACCACGCCUCUCUUUGGAGGGAGGGCUCCCGUCAGCCCACCCAGGCCAGAUGCUCCGCUGGUUCAGCAGAGAGCUUCUGAACCCAAGGGAUUUGCAGAAAUGCUCAACGAAGCAUUGGAUUCUCCAAAUACGACACCAACGAGGAAGCCCAUUAUAUACUCGCCCCAAGUUACACCGGCACCUAUGCAGCCACAGAGCCCCUUUCCCUCCUCCAGCCGCUUCCGAAGUGCUGCCUCUCAACAAUUCGGAACCCCCAACACGCAAGCUUACGAUGCCAGUGAUGAGAUGGACUGGACACCAACAGUGGAGUCGUCACCACCUCGGGCGCUUCAAGGGUCACCCACGCCUGCAGUAAGAGGUUUCGGCCAGGGGCCUACGAGCUCUCUGAGGACCUUCGGGCAGGCGCCUACAAACACCGACAGCGGUGCGUUCUGGUACAAGGUGCCGCCUGCACCACUCAACCCAGCCCACAAACUACGAAACCCGCCGAACCAACCGGCGCUCAUCGCGAAACCAAAGGAGACGGGGGAGAACAUCUUCUUCCGCGGGGCUGCCGCUAAGCGAGGCGACAAGCUGAAGGGCGGGUCUCGCGACGGGGGUGUGACGUUCAACCAGCCCAAGUUCUUUGCUCCCGGAAAGGAGAGCGACGAGACCAACAGCUUGGCUGAUAUGCUCGGCCAGAGCUUCAGCCUCGGCUCGGGGGAGACGGAGCUGGAUCCGGGCGAGGGGACGCAAUCCGAAAGGCUUGCCGCCCUCCGCUCCGAAACCCAGCGGCAGCAGAGAACGGCUGUGGAGAUUAUCGUUAUUGGCGGCAUCGUGGUGGUGUGGCUGCUCAUGCUGACGAUGCCCGUUGCGCACGUGUGUGAGAUCCAGCUCGGUCUGCUCGGCCUCGCGUCCGCCGUGGGGAUCUACGCCUGCAGGGGCAGAGCGGCGGCUGGCCUCGUCGUCGCCGGCACCGAGCUGGCGGGAUUGGGGUAUGCCGGCUGGGGCGCCUGGGGAGGCGACGCGACCGAGGCGGGCUGCGCGGGUAUAGGGGUGCUGUUCGUGAUGCUCGGCCACCUGGUUUGGGAUAUGUUUUCGUAA